UCGGUGGCCAUGGGUAAGCAGAACAGCAAGCUGCGGCCCGAGAUGCUGCAGGACCUGCGGGAGAAUACAGAGUUCUCAGAGCUGGAGCUGCAGGAGUGGUACAAGGGCUUCCUCAAGGACUGCCCCACGGGCAUCCUCAACGUGGAUGAGUUCAAGAAGAUCUACGCCAACUUCUUCCCCUACGGUGACGCCUCCAAGUUCGCGGAGCAUGUCUUCCGCACCUUUGACACCAACAGCGAUGGCACCAUCGACUUCCGGGAGUUCAUCAUCGCGCUGAGUGUGACCUCACGUGGCCGCCUGGAGCAGAAGCUCAUGUGGGCCUUCAGCAUGUACGACCUGGAUGGCAACGGCUAUAUCAGCCGUGAGGAGAUGCUGGAGAUCGUGCAGGCCAUUUACAAGAUGGUUUCGUCCGUGAUGAAGAUGCCGGAGGACGAGUCGACCCCGGAAAAGAGGACUGAGAAGAUCUUCCGCCAAAUGGACACAAACAACGACGGCAAGCUGUCCUUGGAGGAGUUCAUCCGCGGGGCCAAAAGCGACCCGUCCAUCGUGCGUCUGCUGCAGUGCGACCCCAGCAGCGCCUCCCAGUUCUGAGCGAGGAGCCAGGUUUCCCCUCCCUGCCUUCACUGGCCCUCUCCCGGCUCUCAGCUUCCUCGCCCUUGUGUCUGUCCAGGCUGGGGGUCAGAUUGCCACCCCCAGGGUCUGCACUCUGAGGGGCCUAUGGAGAA